GUAAUUACUGGCCAGCAGAAGUGGGCAGGACUUCAUGGGAUGAUGGUAGAGCUUCACAAAUUGGGGAAACAUGCUCAUAUGCGUGUGCUAGAUGCGAGGUAUCCUAGCCCACUUGUCGUUGGUGAUAGGACUCCGGACCGAUUGAAGCGCACCAACAGUACCGUUUGGAAAGCUAUUAUAGACCGCAUCGACUGGGGUCGAUGACAGGCAUGCAUCUCGAGGUACUAAACACACCCCUUCCUUCGCAAUCCAGUUUGCGGGUGUCUUAUAUCGUUAUGGCACUGUGGGAUACGAUAUAAUCUCCUCAGGGCCUACGUUCAACACGUGUAGUCCGCCAUCUGUAUUUGUCUUUGCCCUUGUCAACACAAGCAAGACAGUUUAUCAGUUCCGUGACGAAAGGGCUGCCGAACCAACAACUCGACCUUGAUAAGCUAUAGACAGGGUCGGGCCGCAUUCAUGAUUUUCAACAUCGUCGAACGGUCAACGCCGUCAAUCUUUGAUCCAAAACAAACCAUGCGGAUACGUUGUUCGGGGUACUUAUCAAGGCGUUCUGGCAAUGCACGG